GGUCAAUGCGCAGUCCCAGAAAAUUGUGUGCAUACCGUUGGCAGCUAUCACCGCCUCGCACCUAGCCUGCAUAGAUUCCAACAAUGAAAAUCGUCAGGUAGCUCAUUCUCUAUAUGACUCGCCCGUUAUUGUUCCCCAGUCCUUUUCUCAGAAAAGACCCGGGCCCUUUCCUAACCCUGAAAAACAACCCGAAAAUUUCCAGCCUUUCUUGCGUUGAUGACGCUCAACGAUGCAUGUAGGAUCCCACUCUUCACCACGAGACAUUUUGGCGAUUUUGGCUGUGUGGGCUUUGUGGGCUGUUGUGCAGGGGCGUCUGAGGGGCCAAUCCCUGGUACCCGGGCAGGGGGUAAAACUUAGGGCUUUGAUGCGCGUACCACCUACUUUUUCAUACCACCCACCUGUGGGUCCUUGGCAACUGCCAACUCAGGGUCGGCUUUUUGUACUGUAAAAUGCCGUAUUCCAUGGCAGCCACCCAACGCCCUACCGGGCAUUGAGGAAGUCAAAUGAAGCUCGGUAAAGUCAAAAUGCCACUAUUUACACUUUCUAUGCAGGGCUUUUUUACGCGCAGUUGGUGUUUUA